GCCCGGUAUGACGUAGGCCUGGCCAAGCAGUCCGGCUCUGUUUCUCUUGGGAUCGGUGCGUCACGCGUGUCGACGUGCGAGUGCGUGCGAGCGGCUAAUAGCGGAAUCCCCCGCCACGACGAGCGACGGGUUGGCGGUCGGCUGACGGCUCGGCUAUCCACCGUUGCCCCCCCGCGGUCGUUCCCGCUUCCCGCACGUCGCGUCGUCCGGUCCGGGUCCGGCGCGCCGCCUAAUCGGAGCGUAGCGUAGCGUGGCGUAGCACAGCCUGCACAGCGCGGCGCAGUGCAGCGAGGGGAACGCGCGUCGUCGAGUCUAGGGAGCACAGCCGGUGGUGGUCGCACAGCCAGCGCGAUGGUCGUCAAGAUCUACGUAUCGGGUAUCAGCGGCAACAAGGAAGUGAAGAAAAGACAGCAACGUGUAUUGAUGAUUUUAGAUAGUAAAAAUGUAGAAUACGAGAUCAUCGAUAUAACAGAGCCAGACAAGGAAUUGGAGAAAGAAUUUAUGCAAGCUAACAGUAAUGCUAGAAGUAACAAGUAUCCAUUGCCUCCACAGAUAUUUAAUGAGGAUGAUUAUUGCGGCGAUUAUGAAGAUUUUGAUUUAGCAAAUGAAAUGGAUGAACUGGAAAAAUUUUUAAAAGUAACGCCAGCGAUUAGUACUGCAGAAAUUACUCUAGAUCCAAAAUCUCAGAGUGAUGGAAUUCAAGAGAAUGGAAAUACUUCAAGUCGAGAGCCUUCCGCAGACAAAGAAGCAGAUGUACUACUUUCCGAUAGUUUACCAGAAAGGACAACCUUAGAAAGUGAGACUAAAGUUUUAGAAGAUUCUAAACCAAUCGAAGUAGAUAGCGCGGCAAAAGUUAUCGCUAGCGAUGAAGGUGAACACAUUGAAGAUAGUGGUGAUAAAAAUGAAGAGAAGUCCGACGACCAAGAGAAAGAGGAAUAGAUACGAGAUAAACCCAUGUAAAGUUGGGAUAUUCCACACAAUGACAUCUUUCCUUUUCCACCCACAAACGUAUUUUGCAAAGCUACGUUUAUUACAUUACUAAGGCUGAAUGAAGGUACUGCCAAGAUAAUAUUCUGCUUUGCAGAAAGUCUGUUGAUCAGUAUGACGCAUGGAACAUUCUUUUAUAGAAUAUACUUUGUAUUUUUAGAUCAAACGCGUCUUCACCAAAUGUUUUGCAACAGGUCUGAUUAAGUGAUAUGAGACAAUUCCUUCAUAUCGCUAUCUUUAUAUUUACAUCCUCACGUUUGUUUAUUAUUUUUGCAUUGUUUCGCACUGCACCAUACCUGACACAUUAUAGCACAUCUGAA